CGCUCCUCCCUGCCUCCGGGCACCCGAAAUAGAAGCGCGGGCGGGAGCGCGGCUGCAGUCGCGGCACAGCGGGCCCACGGCGGCGGCGCAGGUUUAACCAUGAGUUACCCAGGCUACCCUCCUCCACCAGGUGGAUAUCCACCAACAGCUCCAGGUAGUAAUCCCUGGGGUGGCUCUGCCUAUCCUCCUUCAAAUCCACCGCCAAUCGGACUGGAAAAUGUUGCCAGUUAUUCCAGCCAGUUUAAUCCAGACUACAUUGCAGGGAUGGCAUCCAAUAUGUCAGGAAUCUUUGGAGGUGCUAAUGUUCCACCCAGCGUAUAUCCUCCUGCAGCAGGUGGCUAUCCUCCUGUUCCCCAGGGGGGCUUUGGACAGCCUCCACCAGGACAGCAAGCUUCUUAUGGAAUGUACCCACCACCAGGAGGAAACCCACCAUCAGCAAUGCCAGCUUAUCCGGGAUACCCUGGCCAGCCUUUGCCAGCUCCAGGGCAGCCACCAGUGACCUAUCCAGGGCAGCCACCAGUGACCUAUCCAGGGCAGCCACCAGUGACCUAUCCAGGGCAGCAGCCAAUGCCAAGUUACCCAUCGGGCCCACCUGUGAAUCCCUCUGUGCCUUCUUAUUCAGGAUCUGCCAUGCCUACAGUCAUGCCUGGAACACAUAGACCGCGAGGCACAAUCACUGAUGCACCAGGAUUUGACCCCCUGAGGGAUGCAGAAGUCUUGAGGAAAGCAAUGAAAGGAUUUGGAACUGAUGAGCAGGCAAUAAUAGAUUGUCUUGGAAGCCGUUCAAGCAAGCAAAGGCAGCAGAUCAUCCUGUCCUUCAAAACGGCUUAUGGAAAGGAUUUGAUCAAAGAUCUUAAAUCUGAACUCUCAGGCAACUUUGAGAAGACAAUCUUGGCCAUGAUGAAGAGUCCUGUAAUGUUUGAUGCUUAUGAAAUAAAGGAAGCUAUAAAGGGUGCUGGCACAGAUGAAGAUUGUCUAAUUGAAAUCCUAGUUUCUCGCAGUAAUGAGCACAUUCAAGAACUCAGCAGGGCAUACAAAACAGAAUUCAAGAAAACUCUGGAGGAAGCCAUAAGAAGUGACACAUCUGGACACUUUCAGCGGCUUUUAAUUUCACUUGCUCAGGGAAAUAGGGAUGAGAGUACAAAUGUUGACAUGUCACUUGUCCAAAGAGAUGCUCAGGAGCUAUAUGCUGCUGGAGAGAACCGCCUAGGCACUGAUGAGUCCAAAUUCAAUGCCAUUCUUUGUGCCAGGAGCAGAGCUCACCUAAGGGCAGUUUUCAGCGAGUACCAGCGGAUGUGUAACCGUGAUAUUGAGAAGAGCAUAUGUCGGGAGAUGUCUGGGGACUUGGAAAGGGGCAUGUUGGCAGUAGUUAAAUGCCUCAAAAAUACUCCAGCGUUCUUUGCUGAAAGACUCUAUAAAGCUAUGAAGGGAGCAGGAACAAAAGACAGGACUCUAAUUCGAAUCAUGGUUUCACGCAGUGAGGUUGACCUGCUGGAUAUACGUGCAGAAUACAAGCGGAUGUAUGGAAAAUCUCUCUACACGGACAUUACAGGUGACACUUCAGGAGACUACCGGAAAAUCCUACUCAAGUUGUGUGGUGGAAAUGACUAAGUGGAACAUUCACUUUUUAAAAAAAGCAGCUGUUUUUAUGUUAUUGCUUUAAAAUGAC